AUGCUGACCUUCUUCCUCGUGUCGGGGGGCUCCCUCUGGCUGUUCUCGGAGUUCUUCCUCUCGCUUCUGGAGAAGAUGCAGACUCAGGAGAUCCUGAGGAUGCUGCGGCUGCCCGAGCUGGGCGACUUGGGCCAGUUUUUCCGCAGCCUCUCGGCCACCACCCUCGUGAGUAUGGGUGCGCUGGCUGCCAUCCUCGCCUACUGGUUCACUCACCGACCGAAGGCCUUACAGCCACCGUGCAAUCUCCUGAUGCAGUCAGAGGAGGUGGAGGACAGUGGUGGGGCCCGGCGGUCCGUAAUAGGGGACAGCCCGCAGCUGCUCAGCCACUACUAUGAUGACGCCAGGACCAUGUACGAGGUGUUCCGCCGUGGGCUUAGGAUCUCAGGGAAUGGACCCUGUCUUGGCUUCAGGAAUCCUAAGCAGCCUUAUCAGUGGCUGUCCUACCAGGAGGUGGCUGACAGGGCUGAAUUUCUAGGGUCUGGACUUCUCCAGCACAAUUGUAAACCAUGUACCGAUCAGUUUAUCGGCGUUUUUGCACAAAAUCGACCAGAGUGGAUCAUCGCAGAGCUUGCCUGUUACACAUACUCUAUGGUGGUGGUCCCUCUAUAUGACACCCUGGGCCCUGGGGCAGUCCGCUACAUCAUCAACACAGCUGACAUCAGCACCGUGAUCGUGGAUAAACCUCAGAAAGCUGUGGUUCUCCUGGAGCACGUGGAGAGGAAGGAGACGCCAGGGCUCAAGCUGAUCAUCCUCAUGGAGCCAUUCGAGGAGGCCCUGAAAGACAGAGGGCAAGAGUGUGGGGUGGUCAUUAAGUCCAUGCAGGAUGUGGAGGACUGUGGCCAGCAGAAUCACUGCGAUCCUGUGCCCCCGAAACCCAGUGACCUCUCCAUUGUGUGUUUCACGAGCGGCACAACAGGGAACCCAAAAGGUGCGAUGCUCACCCAUGGGAACGUGGUGGCUGAUUUCUCAGGCUUUCUGAAAGUGACAGAGAAAGUGAUCUUUCCGAGACAGGACGAUGUGCUCAUCUCCUUCCUGCCUCUGGCUCACAUGUUUGAGAGAGUCAUCCAGUCCGUCGUCUACUGCCACGGAGGGCGCGUUGGCUUCUUCCAGGGAGACAUCCGCCUCCUCUCAGAUGACAUGAAGGCCCUGUGCCCCACCAUCUUCCCAGUGGUGCCCCGCCUGCUGAACCGCAUGUACGACAAGAUCUUCAGCCAGGCAGACACUCCAUUAAAGCGCUGGCUCCUGGAGUUUGCAGCAAAGCGUAAGCAAGCCGAGGUCCGGAGUGGAAUCAUCAGGAACGAUAGUAUCUGGGAUGAACUCUUCUUUAAUAAGGUUCAGGCCAGUCUUGGUGGGUGCGUGAGGAUGAUUGUUACUGGAGCAGCCCCCGCAUCACCCACGGUCCUGGGAUUCCUCCGGGCAGCUCUGGGCUGCCAGGUUUAUGAAGGUUACGGCCAAACUGAGUGCACAGCGGGAUGUACCUUCACCACACCUGGGGACUGGACCUCAGGACACGUAGGGGCACCUCUGCCCUGCAAUCAUAUCAAGCUUGUCGAUGUCGAGGAGCUGAACUACUGGACCAGCAAAGGAGAAGGAGAGAUAUGUGUGAGAGGACCAAAUGUGUUCAAAGGUUACUUGAAAGACCCAGAGAGGACAAAGGAAGCCCUGGAUGAGGACGGCUGGCUUCACACUGGAGACAUCGGGAAGUGGCUGCCGGCUGGUACUCUUAAAAUUAUUGAUCGGAAGAAGCAUAUAUUUAAACUUGCUCAGGGAGAAUAUGUUGCGCCCGAGAUGAUUGAGAACAUCUACAUUCGGAGCGAGCCUGUUGCUCAAGUCUAUGUCCACGGGGACAGCUUAAAGGCCUUUUUGGUGGGCAUUGUCGUGCCCGACCCAGAAGUCAUGCCCUCUUGGGCCCGGAAGAGAGGAAUUGAAGGGACAUAUGCAGAGCUCUGCACAAAUAAGGAGCUGAAAAAAGCCAUUUUGGAAGAUAUGGUGAGAUUAGGAAAAGAAGGUGGACUCCACUCUUUUGAACAGGUUAAAGCCAUUCACAUCCAUUCUGAUAUGUUCUCAGUUCAAAAUGGCUUGCUGACACCGACCCUAAAGGCUAAGAGACCUGAGCUGAGAGAGUACUUCAAAAAACAAAUAGAAGAGCUUUACUCAACCUCCAUGUGA